GGCAAAUAAAGGAACCGACGCCAGGAAAGUGGCGACUUUCGGCCAGACCCUCAGCGACUUGCGACAGGGCCGGCCGCGCGAGAAAGCCAAAAACAACUCCUGAAGCAUGACCGAAUACAGCUCGCGCGGUGCUUCGUAUGCCCCAGUCGUAUAUGUGUUUAUUUGAUUUCUCGCCGCGUUCACCAGCACCACCACAAAGGUGUCUGGUUUUCGCCAUCGUGGUGGGCAUCCUCAGGUUCUGCCGCCGUGGCGGCGGCGGCGGUGGUGGCAGCGGUGGUGGCGGCCGCAGCAGUUUCUCCGGCAUUGGCGGUCGGUUCGGCGGUGGGGGCGCGCUGGCGGAGGAAGCGGUUGAAUGUGCCCCAGUCGACGGCGGCAGGUGCGGAGUCGGUCGUGUGGAGACCGGUGAAGGUGCGGUCCGGGAUGAGGAGCUCACGGAAGUCGCUGGUGAGUUCAAGGAGGGGUUGAAUCAAUCGGAAGGGUAGGGCCUGUUCCGCGUCGGCGCCUGGCGGCGCGGUGCGUGUAAGGAGGGCCGACAGACCGUGGAGCGUGGUGUGGUAUGUGCUGCCCUGUUGGGUCAGCUCCAGCCCCGCAUCUUUGAUCAGCGAGAGUUGCCGUAGGUUGGUGUAGAAGCGGCACUGCGUGUGGAGUUGAUCUGCGGGCACUCUCUGUGCCACACUGUGUUGCAGGUGGAGCAUGGCGCGGGUGACGGCACCCAGCCAGCCCCCAUCGUUUAAGGCCUGGACGAGGGCCUUGCCUGCGCGGCGGACAUAUAGCUCGCGGAUGCUACCUACCCCCAGGCCAAGGGUGUUGGUGGGCUGGAGGAUGGCGCGGGUGGGGAAGCCACGUUUCAGGUCGUAGCACAUUUUUGCAGUGCUUGCAAUGAGCGCAUCGAGGCUGGCCACGUCGUGUGUGCUGUACGGCAUGAAUGGUAGGCUGUAGGCCACUGCUGGGUGGAUGGUGUAUUGUAUCAUCCGGAGUUUCUGGUCUGGUGUGGCGAGUGAAGUGGCGAUGCGUUGCCCUCGCUUCUUGAUUUUUUCCCGGAUGUACACUCAAGUCUAGGGUAGGGGUGAUAUGGAUGCCAAGGUAUUUGUAGGAUUCAUGUGGGGGCUUGUAUGGGAUAGCGGUGCCAUCUAUGCGGAUUUGGCCUUCAAGCAUUCUGGUGAGCGCUGCCUGGUGGGGUUUGCUGCGGGGGCCACCGAGGGUGGGAUCGGCGCAGACGCGGCCGUGGAGUAUGCCUUGCAGUUGGCAUUUGGAGACGUUGACUUUGAGGCCGCCCCAUGCUGCAUAUUUCUCAAUCUUUUCAACUUGGAUUCGUAGGCAGCGCUCGUAUCUUCCUUCGUUCGGAACGAAAUUUGCCCAAAAAGGCCUCUGGCGGACGAAAUGUUUUUGAUCUUGACUUGGAAUUUUGGCCAAAACGCAUGGGGUCUUUCGGCAAGCAGACGAAGACAUUUUUGGGAUUUCGGCCACUGUUGUUGCGGGGGCAUGUGGAUCUAAGGGCCUC